GUCACUUGGGAAUUAGCUGGUCUCAGCCCUCUGGGUCCUCUGCCUCACCCUACUGACUCCCUGGGACUUCACUCCCCACCCCCUUAGACACAACCCUCCCCCGCUGACCCCAGGCUCAGGAUUCUAGGGACUCCAUCCCCCAGAGGGUGUCUGUAGCUGUCUGUCUCCCACCAGGGGCUCAGUCUCAGUGGCUGGUACAAGGCCCCCAGGCUGGGCCCCACCAAAGGGUGCAGUGAGCACGGGUGUCCUGGGGAAUUCAAGAACACAGCUUGGGCCAGAGGGGGAACUCUGGCCCCCUGCUGAGGCCAGCUCUGCUCCAGGCUGCUAGGGAAGAGAAUGGAGGGAAGGGAGGGAGACGCAGGAGAGGGGAGAGCACAGGCCUUUGUAGACAUCUCAUCUGGGGCGUUUGACCUGGACCCGUGGAAGGUACCAGCGGGAAGGGAGGUGCAAAGCAGGAAGGAGCUCCCAGGGGCUUGGUUCAGCGGCGGCCAGCGCCUGCCGGGGAGUAACCCCACUUCACCACCAGGCCGCGACACAGUCGGCGGCAAAGCGAUGGAACGCCUUGGAGCAAAUCUCCUGGUGGGAGUCCUGGGAGGGGAGGACGACCGUCCCCCUGGAGCGCUACCAAGCUUGGCCUGGAGCCACCAGGCGAGAUGCGAGCGCGUUUAAGACCCUGCGGAUCUUGGGCGCCCCGCGUAGGGGUCGGGGGCGGCAGGGAGGGACAAGGGUCACUGGGGCGCAGCACAGGUGCUAACGCCGUGCGCCCGCCCGCAGCAUGGAGCCCGGCGCUGCCUCUGGCGCUGCCCGCGAGCUGCUCCUGGCUGCUCUCGAAGACCUGAGCCAGCAGCAGCUGAAGCGCUUCCGCCACAAGUUGCGGGACGCGCCGCUGGACGGCCGCAGCAUUCCCUGGGGGCGGCUGGAGAAUGCGAACGCCGUGGACCUUGCGGAGGAGCUGAUCAACUUCUACGGACCAGAGCCCGCGCUGGACGUGGCCCGAAAGACCUUGAAGAGGGCGGACGUGCGCGACGUGGCGGCGAGGCUCAAGGAGCAGCGGCUGCAGAGGCUCGGCCCCAGCUCCUCCGCGCUGCUCUCCGUGUCUGAGUACAAGAAGAAAUACCGAGAGCACGUGCUGCGGCAGCACGCCAAGGUGAAGGAGAGGAACGCCCGCUCCGUGAAGAUCACCAAGCGCUUCACCAAGCUGCUCAUCGCGCCCGAGAGCGCUGUCCCGGAGCACGCGGCUCAGGAGCCUGCAGAGGAGCCGGAGAGGGAACGCGCCCGACGUUCGGACACGCACACCUUCAAUCGCCUGUUCCGACGCGACGAGGAGGGCCAGAGACCGCUGACCGUGGUGCUGCAGGGCCCGGCGGGCAUCGGCAAAACCAUGGCGGCCAAGAAAAUUCUGUACGACUGGGCGGCGGGCAAGCUGUACCACGGCCAGGUGGACUUCGCCUUCUUCAUGCCUUGCCGCGAGCUACUGGAGCGACCGGGCACGUGCAGCCUGGCCGACCUCAUCCUAGACCAGUGCCCCGAUCGCAGCGCGCCGGUGAGGCAGAUGCUAGCGCAGUCCGAGAGGCUGCUCUUCAUUCUGGAUGGCGUGGAUGAACUGCCGGCGUUGGGGUCUGCCGAGACCGCGCCCUGCAUAGACCCCUUUGAAGUCGCGAGCGCCGCAGGGGUGCUGGGCGGCCUGCUGAGCAAGGUGCUGCUGCCUGAGGCCCGCCUGCUGGUGACCACACGCGGCGCCGCCCCCGGGAAGCUGCAGGGCCGUCUGUGCUCACCGCAGUGCGCCGAGGUGCGCGGCUUCUCCGACAAGGACAAGAAGAAGUACUUCUACAAGUUCUUCCAGGAUGAGUGGAGGGCGGAGCGUGCCUACCGCUUCGUGAAGGAGAAUGAGACCCUGUUCUCGCUGUGCUUCGUGCCCUUCGUGUGCUGGAUCGUGUGCACCGUGCUGCGCCAGCAGCUCGAGCUCGGCCAGGACCUGUCGCGCACCUCCAAAACCACCACGUCAGUGUACCUGCUUUUCAUCUCCAGCGUCCUGAGAUCCGCGCCCGCUGCGGACGGGCGCCGGGUGCAGGACGAGCUGCGCAAGCUGUCCCGCCUGGCCCGUGAAGGCGUCCUCCGGCGCAGGGCGCAGUUUUCCGAGAAGGACCUGGAACGACUGGAGCUUCGUGGCUCCAAAGUCCAGACACUGUUUCUCAGCAGGAAGGAGCUGCCAGGAGUGCUGGAGACCGAGGUCACCUACCAGUUCAUGGACCAGAGCUUCCAGGAGUUCUUUGCUGCGCUGUCCUACCUGCUGGAGGACGAAGGGGCCCCCAGGGCACCCCUUGGUGGCGUAGGGGCACUUCUGCGGGGGGACGCAGAGCUGCGCUGCCACCUCGCGCUCACUAUUCGCUUUCUCUUCGGACUGCUGAGCGCGGAGAGGAUGCAGGACAUUGAGUGCCACUUUGGCUGCGCAGUUUCAGAGCGGGUGAAGCAGGAUGUCCUGAGGUGGGUGCAGGACCAGGGUCAGGACUGCCCUAGGAGGGUGACAGAGGGGACGGAGAAGACCCAAGUGCUCCAGGGCGCUGAGGAGCCAGAGGAGGAGGAGGGCGAGGAGCUCAACUACCCGCUGGAGCUGCUGUACUGCCUCUAUGAGACCCAGGAGGAUGCCUUCGUGUGCCAGGCCCUGCGUGGCCUCCCAGAGCUGGUCCUGGAGCGAGUGCACCUGAGUCGAAUGGAUCUGGCCGUCCUGAGCUACUGCAUUCGGUGCUGCCCAGCGGGACAGGCACUGCGGCUGGUUAGCUGCAGGCUGGCCGCUGCACAGGAGAAGAAAAAGAAGAGCCUAAUGAAGCGGCUCCAGGGCAGCCUGGGUGGGAGCUCCUCUCAAGCCACCAUAAGAAAACCCUUGGGCUCUCCACUGCGUCCACUCUGCGAGGCCAUGAUGGACCAACAGUGUGGUCUAAAUAGCCUGACGCUGUCCCACUGCAAACUCCCCGACUUGGUCUGCAGAGACCUCUCUGAGGCCCUGAGGGAGGCCCCUGCCCUGACGGAGCUGGGCCUUGUUUGCAACAGCCUCAGCGAGGCCGGCUUGCGUGUGCUGAGUGAGGGCCUGGCCUGGCCCCAGUGCCGGGUGCAGACGCUCAGGGUGCAGCAGCCCGGCCUCCAGGAAGCACUCCAGUACGUGGUGGGCGUGCUCCAGCAUAGCCCAGCACUGACCACCCUGGAUCUCAGUGGCUGCCAGCUGUCGGGACCCAUGGUGACCUACUUGUGUGCUGCCCUGCAGUACCCAGGAUGCCGCCUGCAGACCCUCAGCCUCACCUCCGUGGACCUGAGCGAGCAGUCAUUGCAAGCACUGCGUGCCCUGGGGACAGCAAAGCCAGGACUGGUCAUCACGCACCCGAUGUUGGACAGCCACCCCGAGCCUCCCAAAGGAUUCAACAGUACCCUCUGAGGCCCUGAAGGCCAGGCUUGCGGAGGACUCUGUCAGCCCCACGGAGUAGUCCUCCCCAGUCCAGGGGCGAGAGGAUGCUGCCCUCUGCUCUGAGCAGAGGGUCCUGGACAGGCAGACGGGAGACCCAGACAGACAUGGCCCCUCACCUGGCCCUGGACAGGACCAGGACAUGCCCCUUCCCCCACACCCUGGGGACAGGUUAUGUCUCUGUCCCCCACACCCUGGGGACAGGUUAUGUCUCUGUCCCCCACACCCAGGGGACUCCUCCCCCCAAACCCCCACCGCUGUUCCACCUACCUUCCUCUCCUGGGACCCUCCAGUCAUCCCCAUUAUAGGCGCCCCCAGCAACAAGAGUGAUGGCUGAGAGCUCCCAGCAACUGGGCACCUUCCAUGGCAGGGCCUGUACCUGCUGAUCCCAGCACUGGGUGACCCCUUCACUGACCCUGCCCCCAGGCACAGUAUGGGCUCCCACAGCCCCACAGUGCUGCUCCCAGCCACAGGCGAUCAAGCAGGGCUGCCCUGGGCUGAAAGUAGGUAGGCCACUGUCCCUCAGGAAUUUGGGUCUUGGCAUUAGGAAUGAAGCCAUCCCUGAGGCUGUGUGGUCCGAGUACAGAGGUGUCCACACGCUGUCUGAGGUCUUCAGGACAGAGACCACAGGAGUAGAGAUGGAGCAGUGGUCCUUAGCUCAGGAUGUGGGUUGUGAUGGCACUGGUGGUGGGCAGCGCCCCAGGCACUGAAAAUAAAUUCUUUGGAUUCA